ACAUGAAUCCCUCAAAAAUCCAGAAGUAUGAAAUGGGAUCAGCUUCAAAGAUUGCUCAGCAUGAAUUCAUUCAACCUGGUGCCUUAGCAGCAAAGGGACGGGGAGGGAAAAGCUUAAGAGUAAUGGGCUCUUUAAGAGUUAAUGCCGAACAGAGGCCUCUAAUUGCCAAAAAUAAGAGUUGUAAUACAGCAACUUCUAAGUUGAAUAUGCUAGCUGAGAAAAAUUUCAAUGUGCACCCUUAUUUCGAAGCAAUGGAAGACAAUUUCCCCCUCUAUCAAGAAGCUGAAAUGACUCAAGACGCUCAGAGAAGUGACAGAAGCGGUCGAGGACAAAGCAUAAGAGUUACUGCUGAAAAGAUGACUCCGAUUGGAAAAAAUAGAAGUUGUACUCCAGCAACUUCUAAUCUAAAUAAGCCAACAAAGAGAAGUAUCCUUGUGCCUCCUGAUUUUGAUCCAAUGGAAGACUUCCUUUAUCAAGAUGUUGAAGUGACUCUAGAUGUUCAGAGAAGUGAUACUAGUCCAUUUGAAUCUCAAAAGGCAAAAAAAGUGGCUGCAGUGACUCGAGAUGUUCAGAGAAGUCCAUUUGAAUCUCAAAAGGCAAAAAAAGUGGCUGAAGUGACUCGAGAUGUUCAAAGAAGCGAAACUGGUCCAUUUGAAUCUCAAAAGGCAAAAAAGAUGGCUGAAGUUACUCGAGAUGGUCCAUUUGAAUCUCAAAAGGCAAAAAAAGUUGCUGAAGUGACUCAAGAUGCUCAGACUAGUGAAACUAGUCCAUGUGAAUCUGAAAAGACAAAUAAAGUGAGAGGAAUGAACAUUUGUAAGAAAGUUUUGCGACUGAAACCUGGAGAAACGUUAAGAGCCACUUUCUACCAAAAUCGAGUUGUUGGGCCGAAUCACGCCUCAUUUUCUAGACACUUGGGUUUGCUAGUUCGUGAUCGUAAUAUGUGCCCGCUGCGAGUACACUCAUAGUUGGACAUCGAAGAACAUAAGCUUGAGCACAUGUGGAAAGCUGUUACUGAAAAAUUUGACAGUGACGACAUGAUUGAUCAUAGAGGUCAUGUUCUGCAACAUAUGAGGAAACUUUGGAAUAAUUGGAGAGGAUCAUUGCACAAGAAAAUGAAAUCGAAGUCAUUGCAUGAGGUUCUAAAAGAUGU